AUGGCAGAGUCAAGUGAUUUUGAGAAGAAGCGUGUCAUCUUGGACGUCCCAUCGACAGAUGACCGCUCGACAGCGGAGGGACAAGUAUGUGCAUCUGAGGUGCUACAUGCGGACGUCAACACUGAACGAAGAUAUGUUCGAAAGUUAGAUUUGUGGCUUUUACCGUUCCUCAGCGUCAUGUACUUCUUCAACUCCAUCGACAGAAGCAAUCUGGGAAACGCCGAGACAGACGGGAUGGGGAAAGACUUACACUUUGUCGGGCAGGAGUACUCAUUGCUUGUCCUUCUAUUUUACAUACCCAAUGGUCUUUGUGAUCUCCCCCUGAACAUGUUGACGAAGCGGUUCUCCGGAAAGAUUAUGCUCCCGCUUCUCAUGACCGGCUGGGGUGCAAUGUCUAUGCUUCAAGCAGCCUGCACCAACUUCGCCAGCAUCUUGGUUGUUCGUCUAGUCUUAGCGGCCUUGGAAGCCGGAUUCUUCGCUGGUGCUGUAUUCUAUCUCACCCUGUUUUACACUCGAGGGGAGCUGGGCUUCCGUAUCGCUCUGUUCUUCGGAAGCGCACUGCUAGCCGGGGCAUUUUCUGGUCUCCUGGCUUUUGGUGUCUUCCAGAUCAAAGAUUCAGAUGUGAAAGGAUGGAUGUGGCUGUUUAUCAUUGAAGGAGGCAUGACAGUCGUCAUGGGAAUUGUCGCCUUCUUCUGGCUUCCAGCGACGCCCUCGACUGCCUGGUUUCUUACUGAAGAAGAGAAGGCCACGGCUAAGAUGAGACAGCUUCGUGAUGGAUCGGGACAAAUCGGCGAAGCCUUCACCAUCAAGGACUGUUUCCGCAGCUGGAAUGACCGCAAAUUUGCGGUAUGGUGCAUCAUCAGUUUCACCUAUCCCGUGGUGUUUGCCACAACAGCAAACUUUCUGCCUCUAAUCCUCAAGCGACUCGGAUACAGCACUGUUAUCACAAACCUUCUUACCGUUCCGCCGAAUGUCGUUGGAUUCUUGGUCCUUCUGGCUGUGACGCGGAGCUCAGACAAAGCCCGGGAACGUUCGUUUCACAUCAUCGGCGCAUUGCUCCUCAGCUUAGCAGGCCUUGUCAUCUUGGCAGCGGUUCCACCUGACUCCAACACUUCCAACAUUGCAGUAGCAUACUUCGCUUGUUUUCUGCUAUGUAGCGGCGCUUACAUCCCCAGCUGCCUCGUACACAGCUGGCAUAAUAACAAUAAUCUCAGCGAGACAUCUCGGGCAGCGACAACGGGUCUGCUUGUUGGUCUUGGAAAUCUUGGAGGUAUAUUAUCCGGGGCAACGUUCCGAACUAAUUAUGCUCCGCGUUAUAUCCCAACACUCGGUGCAACCGCCGCGUGCAAUGUGGUCUGCAUUUGCUUCACCUUAGGCAUGGGUCUUUGGAUGCGGAGGGAAAACUCAAAGAAAGAUCGGGAACAUGGAAUUGUCUUGAAGGCUGGAGACAUUGAAACGCGAGCUGUGAGUGCGUUGGGGGCCAAAGAUCCAAGGUGGCGAUAUUUCGUAUGA